AAGAAGCAUUAAACCGAGUUCUCAUUCUAGAAAUCCUACGACAAACAUGGAGUCUGUUGGGGACGUAUCGUUUUGGGUUUUUGGCGGAUUUUUCUCGAUAUUGACAGUCCUUGGAAACAGUUUGAUGAUGUAUCUCAUUAUUUCAAGGAAGCGGCUUCGUAACACAAUCAACUGGUUCUUAUUUUCGCUUGCUGUGGCCGAUCUUAGUGUAGGAUUGACCUACCUUCCAAGUCUGGCUUGUGAGUCUGCGUCCUUUUGUAGCAAAUGUGUGACAACCCCGGUACGAUGGUUAUUCCUCAAUUUAUCUAUGACUAACCUUUGUGCACUAACAGUUGACCGGUACAUGGCGAUCGUUACUCCUCUGAAGUACGCAAAGCAUAAGGCUAAAAGACGCCACGUGUUUUUUAUAUCAGCAGCGUGGAUUUUACCUUUUAUUCUCCACUUUGUGCCAUUUGCGUGGAUGUACUGCACCAGGAUGUAUACGUUACUUAACAUAUUUUAUGCGGUUGUAUUGUUCGCUUUCAAACUCCCGCCUUAUCUUGUAUUAUUUACAGUUUGUUUAAGAACUUUGUACAUAGCACACAGGCAGAAGAACCGGUAUAGUAUCCGUCUUUCUCAGCUACAGUUUAAUGGUUUUUCUUUGAAUGACUCAAAAUGCAUCAGAUUACGGAGUCGUGUAACUCUUUUUUCCGAAGCUCUCGGAAUCAUAGUCUUCAUCUUUUUGAUUUGUUACGCCAUUGACAUAGCGCGCCUUCUCUGCUUUUCAUUAAAAUGCAUAAAUUAUAUUACAUGGGAUGUGGUUUACGUGCAGAGGAUACUGUUCAUAUGUAAUUCAGCAAGCAAUCCAUUUAUAUACGGUUUCCUUAAGCGCGACAUUCGAUGUGAGCUGAAACGCUUGAUUAGAAGAGUUUAG